CAGGAGUGAUUGACAUAACUGCUCUGGUCAGUGAGUAGCCAUGAGGCUAACAGUGUGGCGUUCAGUGCAAUCAGUGGUCAAAAGUCAUAAAAACCGUUCAUUCUCCAGUUCUUACCUACAAAAGCCACGCCUCAGAGACACCGCAGCUUCUGUAAUCCUUGCCAAAGAUGAUUAUCAGACAGACUCACAAUAUUCGGCAGAUCUUGCGGAGUUCCAGGCUGCCUACCCGGACAUCGAGAGAGCCCUUACUGAGAUGAGAGAACGAUAUGCUGACACGGAGGCUGCCAACCAAUGGUUCAAGAAGGUUCUACAAUACAACAUGCGUGGAGGCAGUCUUAGUCGAGGCCUAGCCGUAGUACAGUCUUAUCAUAUCUUAGCAGCACCUGAGGACAAUAUAGCAUCCAACACGAAACUGGCACAAGUGAUGGGAUGGUGUUUGGAACUGUUGCACACCAGCCUAGUCCUAACUCAGGACCUGAUAGACCAGGCCCGUGAGAGGCGGGGAAAGCCUUGCUGGUAUCUUCAAAAUCCCCGCCAAGCUCCCGACGGAGCCGCCAGACUGUUGGACUACAGCAUCUACAAACUACUUAAGAAACACUUUCGCAAGAAGGACUACUACAUUGAUGCUCUCGAGCUAUUUCACACAGUUGGUGAGAAGGCAAUGCUUGGGAAGAUAUUGGACAUGGAAACCAGAGGAGACCCGACGCUAAGUAGGUUUGACAUGACCACUUACAACACUGUAUCCAAGUAUAGGAAUGCCUAUCACUCAUUCAAACUGCCCGUGUCACUGGCAUUAUACAUGGCUGGAAUCAGGGACUCAGAAGUUCACAGGCAAGCGAGAACAAUCCAGUUAGAAAUGGGGAAUUUCUACCAAGCCCAAUGUGACUUCUUCAAUUGCUACGGGGGUGGACGCUGGGACCAUGCCACCCCGGGACAUGAUAUAGAAGACGGACGUUGUACCUGGCUGAUAGUUGUGGCACUACAGAGGGCAUCACCUGCCCAGAGACAAGUGCUUAUCGAAAAUUACGGCCAGAAAGAUGAAGAGAAAGUUAUGAAGGUGAAAGAAGUUUACGAAGAGAUCGGCAUCCCCCACACUUAUAAGAUGUUUGAAGAGCACAGUCUAGAACUGAUUUGCACACAAAUCCAACAGAUCUCAAGGGGCCUUCCUCACCAACUGUUCUUCAGAUUCCUUAAAACCAUGACAGGACAUUGAACUCCUACAUUGACUGUAACCAUUACAGUAGAGUCUCGAUAAUCAACCUAAUCCAAUUAGGAGGAAAUUAACAAAAAACCGUUGUCAAAAUAAUAUUUAAACAUUUUUUUUUGUUCCAUCUUUACAUCUUAGGAUGUAGGCUCUUGCGCCAAAACGUUUAACAGUCUAACCUUGACAUUACAGACCUCGUAUAACAAUUUUUUUAAUCCACUAUAACUAUCCAUAAGACACAAUCAUGUGUCUACAAACUCUUACCUCUUACUCUCUCUUAAACUCUUUACUUUAUGUACUUUAACUCUAAAUGGCAAACAAAUCAUAUCAACAACCUUGAUUUAACAAAUUUGUGACGUUCCUGGCUAAAAUAAGACACCUCAAUAUAACAAAUAGGCCUAUAUCAUUGUCAGAACCUCUGCAUGGCCAAUUUAACACGUUCGCUGCUACGGACGUUCUGGAACGUAAGCCGGGCCACGGUGCCAGGAGUUAGGAACGUUCCGGAACGUCACCGUUCAUUGUUGUUUAACGUUUCCAUGGAUCAGCAAGCUCGUCACGAGCGUCCUAUAUUUCUUUGCAGCUUAUGGGGACGAACUUUUCUAACAAUAAAAAAUAUAGUUUCCCAAAAUCACCACCAGGGUCGUUUAGAACAGGGCUUUGUCCCACAUCUUUCCUGAUAGAUAGCGAUACUACUUUACCGACUGCAACCUGGGUAGUGCUGCUAUCUAUCAAUCACUUAGUACUAUGUCCAAAGCCAGUUUUAUUGCAGAACAUUGCCAUCCAGUAUAACAGGCGAGCAUUAGUUCAGCUCCUGGCGCCGUCCCGGCAUCUAGCGGUCAGCAGCGAACGUGUUAACCGCUACUUAACAAAUUAACUGCGUCUUUCUCUCGAUAUAACGAACCCCCCACAUUAUUAUUUUUAAAAAAUCACAAUUCUAUCCUUUGAUGAAAAUGAAAUGGAAAGGUGAACUGUAAGAGGAUCAAAAUCAUGCCAUGUGGAAAAAAAUUAUACCUUAAGAUAAUUUAUACAAUAUUUACUUUGUACAAAGAACAUGUGAUUCAUUGUGUUUAGUUGUUUUGUUACUACAAUGUAGUACUUGUUAUAAAAAAGUGAAUUUACUGUU